AUGCUGGUGAAGAAGCAUGCAGGGAAGGGUGGAGGUCGGGAGCCAGGCUCCGAGAACCCGAGACCCGCCGGGCAGCCUUGUGCCUGGCCCGUGCCCCCGUGCACCGCCCUGGCGGCCCUUCUGUCAGUGGUGGCCGUGAUGUCUUGUCUGUACCUGGGGGUGAAAACCAACCACCUCCAGGCGAGGAUCGCUGCUCUCGAAUCCGCAAAAGGGGACACCUCCAUCCAUCUGCUUCCCGAUUGCCUGGAUCAGCUCAAAGCAAUGGUGCAAGAGAAAGUGGAGCGACUUCUGGCUCAGAAAUCCUAUGAACAUAUGGCUAAAAUAAGAAUUGCCAGAGAAGCACCUUCAGAGUGCAACUGCCCAGCAGGCCCUCCGGGGAAACGAGGUAAGAGGGGCCGAAGAGGAGAAUCUGGUCCUCCUGGUCAACCUGGUCCUCAGGGCCCUCCUGGUCCAAAAGGUGAUAAGGGAGAACAAGGUGAUCAGGGACCUCGGGGUCUGCCAGGCUUCCCCACAGUUGCUGCUCUGCACAGUAAUCAGAUCCUCACCGUCAAGGGUGACCAAGGACAGGCUGGGCCUCCAGGACCUCCAGGGCCCCCUGGCCCAAGAGGGCCUCCAGGGGACACAGGGAAAGAUGGCCCCCGUGGAAUGCCAGGAGUGCCUGGUGAACCAGGGAAACCAGGAGAGCAAGGCUUGAUGGGUCCUCUGGGGCCUCCGGGACAAAAGGGUUCUGUUGGAGUACCUGGAAUUCCAGGAGUGAAUGGUCAAAAGGGUGAGCCCGGGUUGCCUGGAACAGUAGGACAAAACGGAAUACCAGGGCCAAAGGGAGAACCUGGAGAUCAAGGUGAAAAGGGAGAUCCUGGAGAGAACGGUCCCAAAGGUGACAUAGGCGAAAAGGGUGACCCUGGAUCAUCUGCUGCAGGAAUUAAGGGGGAACCUGGAGAAUCUGGUCGUCCAGGACAAAAGGGUGAAUCAGGGCUUCCUGGGCUUCCUGGACUUCCGGGGAUAAAGGGAGAACCAGGUUUCAUUGGUCCUCAAGGAGAACCAGGCUUACCAGGGUUACCAGGCACAAAGGGUGAACGUGGAGAGGCAGGACCUCCUGGAAGAGGUGAACGAGGAGAGCCUGGAGCCCCUGGACCAAAGGGUGAUCGUGGAGAGAAAGGGGACUCUGGAGCCCUGGGACCAAGGGGUCCACCUGGUCAAAAGGGAGAUCAGGGAGCCACCGAGAUCAUAGACUACAAUGGCAACCUCCACGAAGCCUUGCAGGGUCCCCCUGGACCACCUGGACCUCAAGGACUACAAGGGCCAAAGGGAGAGCCAGGAUCUCCAGGAAUCCCAGGAGUUGAUGGAGAGCAGGGACUUAAAGGCUCAAAAGGAGAUAUGGGGGACCCAGGCAUGCCAGGUGAAAAAGGAGGAAUCGGACUUCCUGGAUUACCGGGUGCCAAUGGAAUGAAGGGAGAAAAAGGAGACUCCGGGUUGCCAGGUCCUCAGGGUCCUUCUAUCAUAGGCCCACCAGGCCCACCAGGCCCCCAUGGCCCACCAGGCCCCAUGGGACCCCAUGGACUUCCUGGACCAAAGGGUGAACCAGGGUUAAAUGGUGUUAAAGGAUUGAAGGGUGAACCAGGUCAAAAGGGUGACAGAGGACCCCUUGGUCUUCCAGGAGCGUCUGGCUUAGAUGGAAAGCCAGGAUCCCGGGGUACAGAUGGCCCUAUGGGACCCCCUGGCCCUGCAGGUCCCAAAGGAGAAAGAGGUGAAAAAGGAGUCAUGGGAGAGCCUGGACCCAGAGGACCCUAUGGUCUGCCUGGCUUCCCUGGUCCACGAGGCGAGAAGGGUGAUGUAGGAGAAAAGGGAGAAAAGGUGACCUCUCCAUUCUAG